AUGGAUACCAUUGAGUGCUGCUUUGUCUUUGUGGAGGAGAAGAUCCUCCCCGGCCUCUACCUUGGGAACUUCAUCGAUGCCAAAGACCUGGAGCAGCUAAGCCGGAACAAGAUCACCCACAUCAUUUCGAUCCAUGAAUCUCCCCAGCCCUUGCUGCAGGACAUUACCUACCUCCGCAUCCCCCUGCCUGACACCCCCGAGGCCAACAUCAAGAGGCACUUCAAGGAAUGCAUCAGUUUUAUCCACCAGUGUCGCCUGCAUGGAGGGAACUGCCUCGUCCACUGCCUCGCCGGCAUCUCCCGCAGUACCACCGUGGUUGUCGCCUACGUCAUGGCCGUCACGGAGCUGAGCUGCCAGGAGGUGCUGGAGGCCGUCCGAACCGUCCGGCCCGUCGCCAACCCCAACCCCGGCUUCAGGCAGCAGCUGGCUGAGUUUGGUGGUGGCGCAGCCCGCAAGGUCCGCAGGCACCUGAAGCAGAGAUAUGGGACAUCCCCUUUCAACGACGAGGAAGAAAUAAAGGCCUUGCUGCCAGCGGGGAGAGGCAGCCCAUCCAGGACGGAGGGAGCUCUGCAAGGGCUGGUCCCAAGAGCCAGAGACAUCAGAAGCACGACUCCCUUCCUGCUGCGGGUGAAGAGGACGUUCUCCUGCAUCCCGGCUUGUCUGAAAUGACCCCAGCCAAGGGCGAGCAGCAAGAAUCACCCAACAGCCUGGGAGAGACGAAGGAGCCACAGCACAGCGGGCCGGGGGAGCACUGCGCAGGGGAGCCGCGCCAAGCCCAGCUCCUUCUUCUCUUCUGGGGUGUGAGCGUGCCAUCCUCUGUCCUGGCUCUCCGCUGUCGGGGAGGGAUUUGUGUGCCAGGCUCUGCAGCGCUCGGUGGGCUCAGCCCCUUCACACCCAGCGUAUUGGGGACGCCUGGUGAAAGGCGCAGGUCUCUGUCUUCAGGUCACUGCGGGCUGCUGCUCGGGGCAGAGCGACAGAGGGGAUCUCUCCAGCCACAGGGCCAGCACCCAGGUGAUGCCAGCAGCAGCUUUAGCACUUGGGUACCCGCUGCACGGGCCUCAGGGUACACAGAGCGCGGGAGAGCCGGCGCUCCCCUUGGAGCAGUUUUCCCACCAGCAGCACAAGCUCCCAGAGCCGAGGCGGCUGCGGAGCAGGGACACGCGGGUGCAUUAGCAGGUAAUGCCGCCGCACCGGCUCCCAGGUGAGGGUCCAGCUCCAGCCCGGCCAAGCACAAGCCCUGAGCGAGCACUGUAGCUUUAGGAGUCCAUUGCACCCCAUUCCCACCCAUCGCAGGGCACAAUCUUUAAAAGGUGGGAACUAAGCAUUUAACCUGGCCAGACCUCACUAAAGCAGGGCCUUAAGCCAUUUUGCUUAAGGACUUUCUAUGUCCCCCCAGUAAUAAACACCUAUUUUCCGUGGU